UGGAUAUCUGUCCUUAUUUAAUCGACCUUCAGCACACUUCCCCCCAGCUAGUCAUCCCGGCCUACACCUCAUCCAUCUUCUUUAUCGUGAAUCGGAAGGUUGUGACUACGUUGCAACCAUGUUCCCCACAGUAUCGCCCAGGAUUGUGCCCACCAUUGUUGCAGUAUUGUUCCUGGCAAUCGUGGGCUACAAUACGAUAAUCCCUGGCGAUGAUCCCUACCGUUGCCGCGCCUUGCUCGAGAGAGGCCGCUGGAUCGACCCUCCAGAUGAAGAGGGGAGCCGGGCACCCUUUAAACACUGGCAACCAGAUGGAUGCAUGCUUCACGACUAUUCAGCGGCCGAUGCCCAACAGUGCAUGGAAGGCCGCGACAUCGUGUUCAUCGGUGACUCGACGUCUCGCGCUGUCGCCUUUGGAUUAGGACGAUUGAUGGGGGGAGACCAGGCCAUGACUGACCAAGGGCUCGUCCCAAAACAUACCAACGCCAACUUCACCUACCACGGCGUCCGCAUCCAAAACACCUACAACGUUUGGCUGAAUACGAGCGGCGACGACUACCGAUUAGCUUCUUCAGUCGUGCACCUUUCAACAUUCGGCCACGAGAAGAAAAAUCCUCCGCCCAUCAAGGAGCAAAAGGGUCCUGCCCUCGUCUAUAUUGCUGUCGGUCCUUGGUUCAGUAACACGAUACGCACCCAAUACUACACUCCAGAGGCACGAAUAGCAGCCUUCCAGGAAGCCGUCUUCAACGCGUCCGAUAUCGUAGGCGACUCAGGAUACGACUUUCUCACCGACCCCAUGGACCCCGUCGACGGAGUUGGCAACCAAAUCUUCUUUACGCCUCCUUCAGGACCAGUAUACACCGGUCAAGUACCCAAAAAUAUCGAGGAAAGCCAUCAGCGCGCCAGGGAAACAAAGGAUUUCCAGAACUUUCUCCACAAUUCAACCGACGAAUUGAACUUCUCCCUCGUAUGGGCUAUGCCUGAACUCGUCUAUGGCCAAGACAAGGUCUGGCGCGACUCACUACAAAGCGGCAUACACGUCAUCGACCAGGUGGCCGAAGUACGGGCCAAUAUCUUGCUCAACCUCCGAUGCAACGCCAAGCUGGAUCGCCUCCAGCGCUAUCCGUACAACCGCACUUGCUGUACUGACUAUGGCAGUAAGCCACUUGUUCAGCUGGGCGUUGUUGCUUUUGGCCUCGCGUGGUUAGUAGUCUGCGUCUUUAAUGAGAUCUUAGAUCUCAUGGCCAAGCGCAACGAGCCUCGGUGGACCUUGCUGAGCAUGGAAGCAGGUUGCUUCAUCUUGGCUCCGCUCAUGUGCUACUAUGCUGAUCGAACGCAACUGAUGGCCAAGGAAUCUGCGAUGUGGACUUUUCACGACUUCGCCAUUCUUUGCAUCCCCUGUAUUGCUAUUGCCCUAUUGACUAUCCGCAAGUCUCUUCCGCCAGGCAAAGGCGGUCUUUUCGUGCAACAAGAUCAGCCAUUUCUGUCUCGGGAUCAGACGGAUGAAUGGAAGGGCUGGAUGCAAUGCAUUAUUCUCAUCUAUCAUUGGGUGAACUCCAGCUCAAGCUCUCUCAAUAUUCUUAUUCGAGUUCUGAUUGCUGCCUAUCUCUUCCAAACCGGAUACGGAAAUACCCAGUUCUUCUUAAAGAAAAAGGACUUCUCAUUCAACUGCGUCGCAUCUGUUUUACUUCGCCUCAACCUCCUGGCUUGUUCAUUGGCCUUCUUUAUGAACACAGACUAUAUGCUAUAUUACCUUUCACCACUUGUUACCUUUUGGUUUCUGGUCGUAUAUGCCACCAUGGCUAUUGGUCACGAGAGAUAUAAUGACCACGUUUGGUUGCUUCUGGCAAAGAUUUUCAUCUCCGCCCUUCUCGUCUCUGGCAUUGCUCUCGCUACUCCUGUCACUGAGUGGAUAUUCAAUUUGCUCCGGACCGUUUUUUAUAUCCAAUGGAGCCUUCUCGAGUGGCAGUCUCGACUUUCAUGGGAUCUCUUUAUUGUCUAUAUUGGCAUGCUCCUCGCAUUAGCAAACUUCAAACUCCAAGGCCAAGGAACUGUGGGACUGAACCAUCGCAUCGUCUUAGCUAUAGUGGGCUUUAUGGCCUCUACUGCAUACUUCUAUGCUGACUGGAAGGACUAUCAGAAAUGGCAUCCUUAUACUUCACUUUUCCCUAUAUUGGGCUUUAUUGCGAUGCGAAACAUCACAACUCUGACUCGAAACUACCAUUCGAAGGCCAUGGCCUGGCUCGGACGAUGCUCCUUGGAAACCUUUACGCUCCAAUUUCAUCUCCUUCUGGCUGCCGAUUCACGAGGAGUCCUGCUUAUCGGCGGUCUUAAUAGCGGUGGAGAUGUCCUAGGACGUUGGAAAUCCCUUAUCGUCAUUGUCCCAGUCUUCCUCUGGAUUAGCUCUGCGGCGGCGAAAGGAACUGGACAUCUUAUUCAGGCUAUCCUCCACACAUCACCAGCAACCGAGAAGCUGAAUAGGCACCCUGGUGUGAGGUUCAUGUCACAAAUAUCCACGCAAAACCUCUCCUUUUUUAUCAGCUAUCCCCAAUUUCGGGUUGCCAUGCUACUUAUUACGCUCUGGCUGCUCAACCUCUUGAGUCCUGGCAUGACAGAGGCAGCGGCCGAUGACAGCUCGACUCUCCACGAAUUUGAGUACGAGAGCUACAGAUCGGUAGUGUGGCCACAUCAGUGAUAUAAUGGAGGAUUUUGACAGGAAGGGGAGACAAAAGCUCUUAGCUAUUCUCAAGUUCAGUUCUGCCUUUCUCAAAUUACGAGGCUUCCCUUAGUUAUACAUUCCCAGAAUCUCUCCAACUACACUCCUGUAAAUACCGUCGG